AUGCGCGAGAUCCUGUCGAUCCACCUCGGCCAGGGCGGCAUUCAGGUCGGCAACGCCUGUUGGGAGCUCUACUGCCUCGAGCACGGGAUCCAACCGGACGGACAGCUCCCGCGCGACGCGAGCGCCGUGGGCGACGACUCGUUCUCGACGUUCUUUUCGGAAACCGGGGCGGGCAAACACGUGCCGCGCGCGGUGUUUGUGGACUUGGAGCCCACGGUCUGCGACGAGGUCCGCACCGGUACGUACCGCCAGUUGUACCACCCCGAGCAGAUCAUUUCCGGCAAAGAAGACGCAGCGAACAACUACGCGCGCGGCCACUACACGAUCGGCAAAGAAGUCGUCGACCUCGUGCUCGACCGCGUGCGGAAACUCGCCGACGCCUGCACGGGGCUCCAGGGCUUUAUGGUGUUUAACGCCGUCGGCGGCGGCACUGGCUCGGGCCUCGGCUCGCUGCUGCUCGAGCGGCUCUCGGUCGACUAUGGCCGCAAGAGCAAACUCGGGUUCACCAUUUACCCCUCGCCGCUCGUGUCGUCGGCGGUCGUCGAGCCGUACAAUUCCGUGCUCUCGACGCACGCGCUGCUCGAGCACACGGACGUGGCCAUUAUGCUCGACAACGAAGCCAUCUACGACAUUUGCCGGCGCUCGCUCGACAUUGAGCGCCCCACGUACGCGAACUUGAACCGCCUCAUUGCCCAAGUGAUUUCGUCGCUCACGACGUCGCUGCGCUUUGACGGCUCGCUGAACGUCGACAUUACCGAGUUCCAGACCAACUUGGUGCCCUACCCGCGCAUCCACUUUAUGCUGAGCUCCUACGCGCCCGUGAUCUCAGCCGAGAAGGCGUUCCACGAACAGCUGUCGGUGGCCGAGAUCACCAACAGCGCGUUCGAACCCACGUCGAUGAUGGCCAAGUGUGACCCGCGGCACGGCAAGUACAUGGCCACGUGCCUCAUGUACCGCGGCGACGUGGUCCCGAAAGACGUGAACGCGGCCGUGGCGACCAUCAAGACGAAGCGCACGAUCCAGUUUGUCGACUGGUGCCCCACGGGGUUCAAGUGCGGCAUCAACUACCAGCCGCCGUCGGUCGUGCCGGGCGGCGAUCUCGCGCGCGUGCAGCGCGCUGUGGCCAUGAUCUCGAACACGAGCGCUAUUGCUGAAGUGUUUUCCCGCAUUGACCACAAGUUUGACCUCAUGUACGCCAAGCGCGCCUUCGUGCACUGGUUUGUGGGCGAAGGUAUGGAAGAAGGGGAGUUUUCCGAAGCGCGUGAAGAUUUGGCGGCGCUCGAGAAGGACUACGAGGAGGUGUCGGCCGAGACGGCCGAUGGCGAAGGCGAAGACGAGGAAUUUGGCGAAGAGUACUAA